AUGGCUCCUUCUGAAUCCAAAAAGCGCUUGGCGCUUGCCAUCGUUGACUUCCUCGGAUCAAGCUUGAAGGACGGUACCCUGACUGCGGAAGAUGCUGAUUCCAUCGAGAUCGCCCAGAACUGUAUCGCCGAGACAUUCGGUGUUGAUCCGACCGAUAGUGCCGCUGUGCAGGACGCUCUCGGCGGCCAGUCGCUUUUCAGCAUCUACAACGUAUACGAGAAGCUCAAGGGCAAGACUGCCGGAGGUGCAGCAAGCGCUGCAGCCGGAGAGGCCAAACCUGCAGCACAGCCCACGUCUAAUGCCACCCCCGAGUCGGAUAAACUGAAGUCAGAGGGAAAUGCCGCCAUGGGCCGCAAGGAGUACGACGCAGCCAUCGAUCUUUACACCAAAGCACUUGCGCUUGCUCCAUCAAACCCUAUCUAUCUGUCUAACCGUGCCGCCGCUUACUCAGCCUCCGGCCAACACACAAAGGCUGCAGCAGAUGCUGAGCUUGCUGUCAACGUUGAUCCCAAAUAUGCCAGAGCCUGGAGUCGUCUGGGACUUGCGCGUUACGAACUAGGCGAUGCUAAGGGUGCCGUAGAGGCAUACGAAAACGGAAUUGAGGCCGAGGGAAAUGGCGGAAGCGAUGCUAUGAAGCGCGGUUUGGAGACAUCACGAAAGAAGGUCGAGGAGAUGAACCGUGCCGAGUCUGCACCUCCCGCUGAAGAAGUCGACAAUGCUCCUGGAGCGUCUCGAGGAGGUCCAGGCGGAAUGCCGGAUUUGUCUUCUUUGGCAAGCAUGUUGGGUGGUGGUGCUGGCGGUGCCGGAGGCGCCGGUGGUAUGCCUGACCUCGGCUCGCUUAUGAGCAACCCCAUGUUCGCGAGCGUCGCCCAGAAUUUGAUGAGCAACCCCGAUAUGCUUAACAAUCUCAUGAGCAACCCUCGUCUUCGGCAGAUGGCCGAGAGCUUUGGCAAUGGAGGAGGUAUGCCAGAUAUGUCAUCGAUAAUGAGCGACCCAUCGCUUGCUGAUAUGGCCCGGAACAUGAUGGGCGGAGGCGCUGGCCGUGGAGCUGGGGGUCAAUAG